GAAUCGUUUCUCAUUUUCGGUUUUGUGCUAUGACGUAUGACGUGGUACUUAUCAAAAUCAUUUUUAAAUAAUAUUUUCUAAUUUGUAAGCUGCGAAAAUGUUUUAAAUUUACAGGAUACACACAAACAUUUACAGGUUUUUGCAAGAUUUGUUUCUGAAAUAACAAUGGCAGCAGCUUUAUCUUACGAAGAUUUACGAAAGCAAGCUAGACAACUCGAAAAUGAGAUAGACCUGAAGCUAGUGGCAUUCAGCAAGCUUGGAGCUGGUAUCAAUAGCCCCCACACCCACUCUGAUACAGUGCCUCUUUUAUCAGAAGAAGACACCUUUGAGAGUAUGGCGCUGGAAAUUGAACAGCUCUUAAGCAAGCUUGGGCAGAUAAAUGAAAGACUUUCAGAACAACCAGUGUCAGGUGCUGCAAUGUUGCACACCUUGCAGAGGCAUAGAGAUAUAUUAGCUGACUUGACAAGGGAUUUUAGGAAAACAAAUUCACAAAGAGAAAGUAGAAGAGAGAGGCAAGACUUGCUCAGAGGGUCUGAUUCAUUUAGAAGUGAUGGAAUCAACAAUCGGAGAGAUAUUUAUUUGAAAGAGAACCAACACAUUCACAGCUCUGACCGUUUGGUCAAUGAUCAAAUAUCAAUUGCAAUGGAGACCAGAGAGCAUUUGACUUCACAGAGGCAGACCCUAAAGAAACUGCAGACAAGAUUCAAUAAUAUUUCAAACAGAUACCCAAUGAUCAGCAGCCUUAUUCAAAGGAUAAAUUUGAAGAAGAGGCGAGAUUCUAUAAUUCUUGGUUUGGUGGUGUCGUUGUGUACUAUCCUUAUGUUGAUCUAUACUUUUAGCUAGGAGGUAAAUUUGGUUUUUACUCAUAUUUCCAUCAAUUUUCUAUAUAUGUGAUUUAGGUAGUAGUGUGUAAAUAAGAUAAGGGUAAACAGUGUUAUGAUGCAUAUUAUAUUAUUUUGUAACAACUUUGAAUUUAAUUAUAUUUUUGCCUACUAUGCAACAUA